AUGGCUAAGACUUUGUUGACUUUUGUAUGCUUAAUCGCUGGAGUGUCCUUUGCAUUGGCGCAGGAAGGUAAGUGAGUGCAUGAACUCUAAGGCAAAACAAACAUUCAAUAUUUCAUGAUUCAUUGCGGCAGGAAUAGUUUAAUUGAUAGAUCGCUGGCCUGAAGUACGGAAAGUCGACGCAGGCUUCAUUUCCAGGGCCAAUAUUCAGGGUCCUCAGUAGAAUAACUGGGGAAGAUUGUACUGUGCGUCCUUUAUUCAAGUUCUCUGUAAAUUUCUAUGGUACUGAUUUCACCAAUGUAAGUGGCAUGGCAGUUGCAGCAUUUGUUCUUGUAUACUGCUCCCUGUCUGCCUGAAACCGACAGAAACCUUAGCACGCGACUGACUGAACACAAACGAGCGACAAGAAAUGGUGACGUCAACAAUCACAUUGCUUAACACCAUUUACAGACCAAACAUUAAAUCGACUGGGACUCUGCGACAUGUAUUACAUAUUCUGCAGAAUACUAUCAACGGCUCACUUUAGAAAGGUGGUUUGCUAACUUAGAACAAACUCAACUCCCUUAGUCUGAAGAUGACUACCACAUAGGUUGUCGAAACGUCAGUCACUGUUAACAACAGUCCUAUUCAGCAGGACUAAGUUUACCCGGACGAUCAUGCUCAACAUACUUGUUGAAUUUUAUUGUAAACUUGUAGUGUGUAGAUAGACUGAUGACGAUGAUGAUGAUGAUGAUGAUUAUCAGUAUUAGUAUCAUCAUCAUUAUUAUUAUUCCCUUAUUAUUGUUAUUAUUAUAAAGUUUAUAUAUUUAUUUCCUGUUGUCACUAUGGUUAUGACAAAGUAAUUCAGUGUUAAUCUUGAUUCAUCAUUUUAAUUCAAACUUUGACUGUAAUAUUUGUUGUUUUUCUAGAAUGGAGCUAUUAUCGAAAUCCUUCAAAUGGUACUCUAUAUUUUUUUCUACUUUGUUUUUAGUACCUGUACAUGUUCGUCUUUGCUCCGAAACUGCGCACUGAAAUAUACCUCUUUACCACUUUAAUGGUCCCAUCUGAGAUCAUCUUAGUGCAUCCAUCAUCAACGACCUAAAACAAAAAAAUUCAGUAUUGUUUUCAUGCGGUGAAAUAACCUUUGCAAAGACAAUCGGUCGCUGCCAGCAAGGGUCUCUUUUUUAAACAAAUAUAAAAAUGCCGUUUAACCGGGAGAGCGGUACAUAACUUUGUUUUUGCUAUACGGGUAUGUGCUGUUCGAUGGGUUUCACUUUUAUAUCUUCCAGGCAUAGGACACUACGACGGCAAAGGCAACGGGAAACAACAACUCUGCACGGGCAACACGCUUUUUUGUACAUUUCUUUGCCGCCCCUGCACAACUACGACGUGAAAUGACCCAAUUUUGAGUUGACUUGAGAACGGGAACGGCAAAAGGAUAAAUCUUACUGUUUCUCUCUGAACUCGGGUGCACGGGUCCCCUCUCUUCAGUUCCAAACUAAAUUCCCAACUUUUAAGUAACUGGGUGAGUUGGUAUGAGGGCAAAAAAAAAUUGAAAGGACGCGAAGUCUAUUUUUCAGCGACGCUUUCAUUGGCGUCAAUGUUGUCGGAUCUUUUUUGGCCUUUUUUUAUACGCUUCGUUCACGAGGCAUCGGGCGAAUUUACGGACGGCUGAAAACUCUCAGUGACCGGACCCUUCACACGUAACCGUUCAAUAGUUUCUCUGUGUUCACACGAAACUGACGAGCCAGGUUAUAGUUAACUUUGAUUUAGCAGGGGAUUUAGCAUCUACCCGUGAGCCGAGCGCGCGGCAUAGGUAAAUCCAAAAUGGCGUCCCUCAUAUGAAUUACCAGGCAUCAACCAGACCUUUGCGGAACAAAAAUAUACAUGUAUACUGUUAUGGUGUCUACCGCGCGAGGCUUCCUUAAGGGGUGCAAAAAUACGAUGAAGAAAAAUGUCCCUAUAACCGGUUCUCCUUUCUUUUGUUUUUCAAUAUACCUUGCUGGCACUGUAAUAAUUGUAAUUGUAGCGUAAUUGUAUAGUAACUGUAGCGUCGUGUUUAAUAUUUCCAAGUAAACAUUCCUAAAUUUGUUCUUCGCGAAAAACUAAUUAAAAUGCGGGGGGAUUGUGUAUUAAUAUGCAAGGCGGAUAAGUGACUUAUUCCCCAUGAUCUCCUCCCAUUUUUAUUAGCUGUUCAUUAGCCCCGCUCUUCCUUUAACACAAUCAAAGCCGCACCCACUCGCUUUUCAGACAGUUAAUUUGGGGGUUAUUAAAAAUUAUUCCUCCCGCACCUAAUAACUUCGGAGUCAAUAGCCCAUUCGGCCGAAAAUUGUUUUAGUAAAAUCCAAAUAGUUGGUAAAAAAUAUCAAGAAUAAAAAAAUUUUAGCAAGUUAAAGCUAGACUUUAAUCCUUUUUUGCCGUAAAAAAGCCGGCGCUUUUCGCUACUAGUGGGCUAUAACCAGGAGCCUGCUAUAACAUAUAGGCUAGUAGUAGCUCAACCAAUCAGAACGCAGCCUUGAUAAUAGACCACUAGCUGGAUUUUACUAAUUUAGGAUAUUCCCCUGAAAAGAACAAAGGAAUCCGAGCACUUGUAAAAAUAAGAUUUUCAUACUGAAUUAUGCCGCACAUCCUCUGGUUUCAUUUUCCACGAGAUCCCUCCUUCUCCCUUAGUUAGACUUUCGUCCCUUCCUUGCAAGGGAACGCUUGCUAUGAAUGAGACGCCGCAUAACCAAUUUGCGCACCAUAGCAUCAUAUGGACCUUCUAACUCUUCUUUAGGACCUGCAAAUUGGGGAGGCGUAUGCGCUAGCGGGAGGAAACAGUCGCCUAUAAACAUCAACACCUGCGCAGCCAUGUAUGACUCAAACCUGGAUGGUUUUACACUUGUCAACUACGACACUAUACAAGCUGGUGUCAAUUUUACCGCUAAAAACGACGGCACAACCUUGAAAAUAUCAUUUGACAGCAAUGUGUACAACGUAAGCGGAGGUGACCUCCCCGGAGUUUACACCACCGUUCAGUUUCACUUGCACUGGGGAUUAAACAACUACCGGGGAUCGGAACACACUGUGGACGGGAUGAUGUAUCCUGCCGAGGUGUGUUAUGUUUGAUGCUAUAUGUGGCAGCGUUAAGCUUUGUAUCAUGUCAGUAAUUACCUUGGUAAAAGCUGAAACGAUAGCCAUAAAAAGGACAAAAAGGAAAAACGCUUCUAUGUGCUAAAGUCGCAACUGGGUUUUGCUUCGCUCUGCCUUUGUUGAGUAAACGGCGCCGGAUUAUUUAAGACAAUCACACGAAUAAGAAUUAAUCAAAGUGAUCCUAUUGUUAGAUUGACUCCUUAACAAAAUUUAAAUCCACCUAAUACUGAAGUACAGCCAUCGCCUCCGAUCAAACAAGUUAAUUAUACAGUAAUGGCGAAAAUUUUCAAGGCUCUUGCAAUAAAAAAGACAAAUUACACAAAAGACAUAAAUUCUUUACUCACAAAAAAACCGCAGCAAAGUCGUAAAAAAUCCUUAAUGAUCAGAAUAUGUGAGACUACUUCCAUUUUUCGCACAUGAAUGUAACUUGGGAUGACAGUCGUCUUCGGCUCAAACAUGAGUUUCCUGGAUUUCGCCAAGCAGAGCAUAAACAUCAUUUCAACGAAUCUAAACCAAACUCAGCACCUCCUUACGAACGUUUGAGUAUUUUAACUUUAGGUACCUUUGUUUCUGCUUAGUGUUCAUUGUCGUUUUCACUGUCAGAUUAAAAAAAGGUUUUCUUUCAAUCUAGACGAUUGAGGCGUGUUUUAAACCAACCAAUAGACUGAAGCAUCAGCUAAAGCAUUUGUAUUUCUGUGCCGCGCGUUAAGAGAAUUGUUAUAGUAUGUUAUUAAAAAAAAAUUAGACCAUGCUUUAAGCUUUGCGGUAGUAAAAUUAACGGGAGGUCCGAGUUAUAGAGGGUUCGAGUUACCGAGAUUCGACUGUAUAUAUAGAGUAAUGAAUGCACUUGGAAAGUUUGGAGAGCACUCAAGGAGCUAGGGUCGCUCACAGCUCUUAUCUUCUCUCGUGCUCUCCAAACUUCCCGAAUGCAUUAACUCGAUUUAUCAUAUAGACACGAGUGUUUUACUGGAAAAUAUACCACUCGUAAAAUUCAUAAAAACUACAUCCGGGACCCGAGUGGUUUAUUUUCCAUAAUCUCACACGUGAGUUUAUCGAUCACGUAAUUUUAGUAAUUUCCCUCUAUUAUUUUAUCGAUGUCAUUUUGUCUAUAUAAUAAAAAGAACAUUACACGGCGGCUUGAAGAUAUGGAUUUUUUAUUUCUCGUGGCAAAAACAAUAUUUACUCACUCGCUGCGCUCGUUCGUAAAAAAUUGUUUUGCUACUCGAAAAUAAAAUUCAUAUCUUCGCGCCACCGUGUAAUAUCCUCUAUAUACGCACGCUAAGCCUGAACCAAUUCUUUAAAAAGGUGGAUCUUUGCGCUUUUCCUCGUUUCCGGGGCGCCACCAUGUUUACUUGUGGACCGGACAGAUCUUUAUAAAAGCUUCCUGCACAGGACUAACGAGCUCAUUUCAAUUUGCAGAUUCAUUUUGUCAGCUAUAACACUAAAUACCCAGACAUCGGUGAGUCACUGCCUCAUUCUGAUGGUUUGGCCGUCCUCGGUGUCUUUAUUGAGGUAACGCAUCCUUUCACUCUCAGUUUUGUUUUCCUAACCCAUACUUCUUCCCAAAAGUCUCUACAUGCAAGAGAAUCCCCAUUCCAGAAUCCGGGAAAUUUUUACUUGUGGAAUCUGGAAUGAAGAAAUUUUUGUUUUGGAAUCCGGUUAGCACAGCUAAAGGAUUAUCGAUUCAGGAAUCCAGAAUUCCUGUUCCACUGACAAAGAAUCCUGAAUCUAGCCGGAAUUCACGGAGUCGAAUCCAUAAUCCAAGAAUAUUUCGGAUUUCCUUACAUUGAGUGGCAAAAGCAUCAAUUUUGUUAUAUAAAAAAGCGCGAGUUUAUAUUUGAAGAAAUCAAUUCGAAAGCCGCGUACUUAUGCUUCAUUUUUGCACCUCAAGUUAGUCGAAAGUUGUUCCUUUUUCAACGUGACAUAAAAAUGACUUAAUCAAGGUAAAUAUCCUGUGAUAUAUAGUACCCCACUUAUUAGUAUUUUCUAAUAUUGAAUGUGGAAUAGUUUGUAAUAAAGAAAGGUCGUUAUUCAUCAAAAGCGUGAUGCAUAAUUUAAUAAGGCAUUAAAAUAUUCAUUGUUUUGUUCAUUACUUUCUAAAUGUUAGCUUGGCUCAGGCGCCGACAAUCAGGUCUGUUAUAUAGACAUGUCAAAAGGUGUGAAAUUCAAAGCGAAAUCAAGGCACUAAAUUUUUCUUUUUAAUUAUUUUUCUUAUUGCUUUCUAAACUGGUGUUAGGUUGGCGCAAGCGAAAAUCAGUACUAUAAAAAGUUCUUGGAUCAGAUCAGCCAUGUGAUGUACAAAGGUACGUGGGAUCAUUGGGAGGAAGUAUCCUGACAUUUUGUGAAUGCUGUGCUCUGAAAGUAAUAGAUACCUCUAAGACGAGGACGACUGCAAGAAUUAAUACUAAGCAGUGCUUGUGCAAGAACCAGCGUCAUUUUGGCGGAAAAACGAGAAAGUCGUCGCCAUUCUAAUACGAGUUUUUGCAAGAAAUGUCGGCGUAGUGGCGGAAACGAGUUAUGAAAAAUGUUAGAGGUUUUGUCAUUUUACGACCGGAAGAGGGUUUAACCUCCUUCAAUAAAGCUAACAGAGCUAACUUUUCUGGUGAAAAAAAAAGUACAAUGAAGCUUUUCGGGGUGUUUACAGUUUUUGAGGCAAAAAAAAACCUGUAGUCAAAUCUCGUACUAGCUCGUAGUCGUUCCCGUCUUAGAAUCUAAAGGUCUCUAAUGUUAAAUAAACGAGCUGGAGCGUUCUCGAUCAUUUCUGUGGCGUUCAAAACAAAAUUUUCUCGUAAAGGAGGAGUUUUUUCCGAGAUAGUUUAAGGCUGACCCCACGCUGAAUCGUUUGGUUUCAAAGUAUCUCACACUCGAGAUGAGAAACAACUAAAUGGAAAAACUAAGAAUGGAUGCUUCGCGAAUGCCCGAAUGAUAGCAUGAAAAUACAGCCACCUCUCAUCAUGACUCCUCGUUGCUGGGACUCUUCGCGUAAUUUAUGAGACUAGCGGCAAACGCCUCUCCUGCGAUGAAAUGUCCCAACUGUGGACGAUGGUAUUCCGAGGUUAAUUAACUGCAAUUCGUUGUGGCAGGUCGUUGAAUAGAUGUGUAAUAUGCACAUUGAAUGUGACUGGCACUCUAUUUGCUUUUAAGACAUGGAGUUUUUAAAAAAGCUAACCAUUUGUGCUCUUGCUUAACCCAUCUUUAUCCUUCCAGUUGCACGGUAUUGCUGUUUUUUCUUUUGACAAAAAUACUCAUACUGUAUUUCAUAUAUCUUGCAAGUUGUUUAAUUGUGUUUCAAAUCACAAUUCGUCUUUCGAUCCACAGGUAACAGCACAACCUUUUCAGCCUUUAACCUUAUGGAUCUCCUGCCAACCAACAUGACCAAGUAUUUCCGGUACCCAGGCUCCCUGACAACCCCGCCCUGCAGUGAGGCUGUUACCUGGACUGUUUUCGACGAUACUGUCAAGAUAUCGCAGGCUCAGGUAAAACUUACAAUUUCUUGUUUUUGGACAGGGGUUUUCCUUGGUUCAUUUAUGUUUUUCUUACUUGUAUCAGGAGCCAAUAACCCGGAGCGAGCUUAGUUUAAGCUACAGUGUACAACUCAAAUCUGAAGAUCGCACUAUCCGUGGAAAUUCAAAACCCUGCAAACCACACUAUAGAGCUGGGCCCAGAGUCAUACUGAUAUGGCAGGAAAUAAUCACAUUCACGGACAAACAAACUUGCAUGCAAGCAUGUAGUUAAUCAGAUACAGUCAUUUCGGAGAAAUCAAAAAAAACUAAAAUCUUUAUUCAGCCGUAAUAAACAGAGGUCAAAGAAUAUAAAACACUUUAUAACUGCAUCUGAAAUCAAAUCCUAUCAGGGACACCUACAGAAGCAUAAACCACAGGAAAUGAUUACUCAGUAUGCAUGUAACAAACUUAUUUCAUGACCUCUUAAUAUAAGACUUAGUGCGGCGAAAACAAGAUUUACUCAGUCAAAGUUAUCUUACGAUGUUCAGUACGUUAAACAUCACGAUCAUUGGAAGCGCUCUCUCUCUUUUUCUUUCCCUUGGUGACAAGUUCGUCUGAGAGUUCCAGUGCAAAGUGUAAUAGUGCUCGAAAUGAGUCGUGUUUGGCCUGUCAACGCUUAUUUCUUACUGUGAUCAUGCAAAGGUUUUGAAUAUCAAAUAAGUUUAACAAAUCAGUCAUCAAAAACCAGAGACUGGAAAAAUGUAUUUGUGAUGUUUUCAGCGUUUACUUCUUCUUUUUGUAACUAUAUCGUACUAUGGAUGCGCACGCAUACAGAACAGUCCUUUCCUUUACGCUCAUCUGCCUUACGCUAGAAAACUGAUCAAAAUUGAUACUAAAAAUAUCUUGAUCUGUGAGUUGCACGCUCCGGGUUAUGGGCUCACGCUUCAAUACAGCUCCUGUUCCACUUUUGUCGAGGCCAUCAAGCACUUAAGCUGAAGUGUUGCAUUGAAACUAUUCGCCUGCAGCUUGUUGUUCCAUUUGAGGUUUGGGCUCCUGAUGGUAGAUAAGAGUACAGACCAUGAAAAUCUGAUUGCUGUCGAAUUGUUGAAUGACAGGUCCCUCAGGAAACGAGUUAGCGAUUAAUCUUGUUUCCCUAUCAUCGCAAUAAACUGAGACACAAAAAAUACUUUCUCCCUCUGGUCAGUAGCUGCUUUCUUGGUAUUUUCUUGAUAUUCUCAAAAUCGAAUUCUUUUGUGACUUACAUGCAUAUAAGUAGCCAAAGAGUAUGUUAAUUGUCUAAAGAAAGUAGGUGCUUAGUUUAAAACUAACAGUCUUCAAUUGGCUUGUCAUCCUGUGGGGAUUGGACAGACAAGAAAUUGUACAGGGCAAUAUUAAAACUGAAGCCUCUUUUAGGAAAAGAAAACGUUCCCAUUUCUUUCGCGCUUAAUACUUUUGGCUCACAAAUUUUACCUUAAAACUUUUAGAGAGUCUUUUUUAAGUUACUCAGUCUGGUAUUCUAGAGAGGGGGACCCCAAAAUUAGUUCGCAGACCAUAACCGUCAAUAAAAAACCUGAAUAUACAACCACCCUAACCCCCCCCCCCCCCCCCCCCCCCCCCCCCCUUUUAAAAAGAAACACCCCCAAUCUCCCCCCCCCGCUCCAAAAACCCAAACCCCCCCGUUGUGGUGUUUUCCACCCCUUUAUUAACGUAAAAAACAAACCCCCCCCCCCCCCCCCCCCCCCCCCUCCCGCCACCCUCUCCCUUUGAAAUACAACAGCCACACUUGCUACCCGCUGGUCAACAAACUCAAACUCCCCGAUUUGCGUUAUUGCUACACUUUAAUUAGCCUGUAAAAAGACGCUCUUUUAUUUUUAGUUUUCGUUCUUUUCGAAAACAUCGGCGAGCGCGCAAGCGAAGCGAUCGUGCGAGAACGAGUGCGAAGUGCGAGAAAUAAAAUUAAAGUCUAUUUUCUCCUUUCCCACCCCUACUCCCUUGCGCGAUUUUUGUAUUUUAUCACGCGCGCUCCACGGACUUUGAAGAGAAAAUGGAGUUUCUGUGAACAGGAUACAUUUUGAGUCACUUUACGAAGAAUUCUGAUCUUUGUUUGUGAUUGGCUCAAACAUUAAUUUGAAUUUAGUAAGGGAAUCAAGAUGUUUUAUAACCAAACAUACACACGAAGAUUUCCCUUCGCAACAUCUCUCACGUGAAGCAUUUUUUGGAGAAAUUUGUCGUAAUAAUUAGUAUGCAAGAAUUAAAAAGUGUAAGCGUUCCACAGGUAGCCAAAGUUCGGUGCAUAAAUUACCGCCUGUUUUCAUGAUACUGAUCUGCAUAAUACGAAUGAUUUACAGGCUUUGUAUGAGAAAUCUAUUAUAGUCAGGUUAAAAGGUAAAAAAUAUAGACACAAAUAUAGAAUAAAUUUCACUUACGUAAACUUGGGUUUGUUGAUGCUUUUUCUGUGUAACCUGGGCUCAGUUUGUGGCCAUUUUACACGGUUUUGCGGCUCGUUGUUUGUUCAGUGUUGUUUUCUUACACUGAAUACGAAGCAAGGCAAAUUACUGUGUGCAGUCUCAACUCACAAACCAAAAAACAGCGCACCGAUUCGGCAUGAGAGCGACAAAUCCUUUUAAGGCCAGAUAAAUUUCUCAUCUCUUCCCCUCGUCAUGGGUAUUGCAAUGCGUUUUUGGUGGGAAAAACUGCUGAAAGCUUUCGUUUCUGGGCAAUCUGGCGUGCGCUCAGGAAACUCGAUGACUACGCGUUGCGUGGUGAACCCGCACACUUUAAAUACGUUCCUCUCAUUGGCUAAAUCCAAACACUUCUCGCGCACAAUCAGUGGACUAUCUGAGGGUGGAAAGAUCCAGGUUUCAUCUUUUGGUGGAGAAAUGAAACCCAUUUUCUUUUUCUCUUUACAGCUGGAUAUGCUGCGUUCCAUGAAGUACAACAACUCCGAAAACAUUGUUGACAAUUACCGCCCCGUUCAGCCUCUCGAAGGCCGCCAAAUGAAAGCCAGCUUUGGCGAGCCAAAGACUAUGCCUCCUGUUACAACCGAUGGUGUUGCUCUCAAAAUAUCCAAUGUCGUGUUGCUGUUGAUGCUCCUCCUGAGAGCAGCCUUCUUUCAUUAA